AUGCUCAACCAAAGCUACAGAAUUAAGACCCUUCUCAACACCCCAAUCAAAAACCUCGGCUCAUCUUUGGCCGGACACAAGGCAUGUGUUGGUGGCUUGUUGAACAAGACCAUCUCUGCUCUUGAUAUUCAGGCUUUUGAUUCUGAGUCUACAUUCAAAGUUUUCAAUUCCGUAUCUAACACAACAUCCCGCCCAGAACGUACUCUCCAACAAAUCUUCACUAAUACAUGCUCAUUGAACAAGUCAUUCCGUCAUAAGACAUUGAUGACUGCCCAACCAGUGAGAUAUUACUCUACUUCACAAAUUGAAGGAGAAAAGACUUUGAAGAGAAAUGAACUACCAGAAGCCGUCCAAAGACUUGUUGAUAAUGCUCCAUCAACAGGAUAUCACGGAGACAACAUCAACGAAUACCUCAAGCAAGGAGAUUACGACAAACGUCAAUUCGCUUACUUUGUCGCCAACAGCAGUCGUUUUGUUGUUGCAGCUGGUGUUCGUUUAUUGGUUUUGAGAUUCCUCUAUUCUUGGUCAGCCGCUGCUGAUGUGUUGGCUGUUGCCAAGAUUGAAGUCGAUGUUUCAAAUGUACCAAAAGGAAAGACAAUCACAGUAACAUGGAGAGGUAAACCUGUCUUCAUUAAACACAGAACUGAGGAUGAAAUCAAGACAAUUAAUUCAAUGGAUCUUUCUACUUUGAAGGACCCACAAGCAGAUGCUGAAAGAACAAAGGAUGAAAAUUGGUCUGUCUUGUUGGCCAUUUGUACCCAUUUGGGAUGUGUUCCAGUCACUGAUGCUGGUAUUAUGAAUGCUUUCUUCUGCCCUUGCCACGGUUCUCACUAUGAUGCUUCGGGAAGAAUUGUUAAGGGUCCAGCUCCAUUGAACUUGGAAGUUCCAAAGCAUCAAUUCAUUACUGAAAGUACUAUCCUUUUGGGUUAA